AUGGGGUAUGAGACAAAACCUCGAGAGGAAAGACAUUUCAAAGAGAUUUAUCCUGAUUUAGAUGAAUGUAAGGCAUUACCAGUGUUCAUCAUAAACAAUAAGAAGGAUACAAUAGAGGAAUAUGAAGAAAAGAUCAAAUUGAACCAACCUAUAGUAGGACCUUUGAAUAGCGUAAGAUUCGUAAAACUACCGGAAUCCAGAGAGGAAAACGUGUCAUUUGAUAGGAAAUUGAUAGAUUAUGGAUUCGAAGAUCCAGUGGGAAGGAACAAACGUACAUUGAGCCAUUAUCAUCGACCCUAUCAGAGUGAGAACAAUGAGAGUAUUACUGAUGUGGUGGAUAAGAAGAGAAGAUUAGUAGAAUAUGAUAUGGACGAACAAGAUUUCAUGUACUUGAAUCAUUUGAAUGAUCAAUUGGUAUCUAUUAAACUACAUCCAGCAUAUUUUGAAAUCUUGAUAACUAUUUUGGAAAAUGAAUGGUCAAAGAUUGAAUUGGAAAUGAAUGCCAACGAAGAAGAGUCUCUUAUAACAGCUGGAGUGGACUAUCAAGGGAUUAUAAAUGAUGAAGAAUAUGGAAAUGAUGAUGGAAUUGUGGGAGGGCUACCGGAUGAUCAAAAAUGUGCUGUUUGUAAUGAUUCUGAUUGUGAUAAUAGUAAUGCUAUUGUUUUCUGUGAUGGAUGUAAUAUUGCUGUUCAUCAAGAGUGUUAUGGUGUGGCUUUUAUACCUGAAGGUCAAUGGUUAUGCCGAAAAUGUAUGAUAAAUAAGCAUAAGCAAUUCGAUUGUACAUUUUGUCCAUCAAAAACAGGUGCUUUCAAACAAUUAGAUAACAGUCUUUGGUCGCAUCUAGUAUGUGGAUUAUGGAUCAAUGAAUUAUAUUUUGCUAAUCCCAUAUAUAUGGAACCGAUUGAAGGUAUUGAUCUCAUACCCAAAAGUAGGUGGAGAUUGAACUGUUAUAUAUGUAAGUUGAAAGUAGGAGCAUGUAUCCAAUGUGUAAAUAAAAAUUGUUUUCUGGCAUAUCAUGUAACAUGUGCUAAGAGAGCCAAAUUAUGCAUGCAAAUGACCAAAGGGGUUCAGGGUGGUGUUCAUAAUAAGCUAACAUUAAAAUCUUACUGUGAUAAACAUACCCCAAAUAAUUAUUAUCUUAACCAAAAGCAAAUCAUAGAAGGUAUAAAUAAGACAAGGAAAUAUUAUCGAGAUUUGAAAUUGAUCAACAUAAAGAAUGAUCAGUUAAAUAGGACGAAAAAGUUGAAUAACAAAUUGAACAUAUUCAAGUGGAAAACUGAUCUCAACACACCCAUAGCACCAAAGUUAUUUAGUGAUUUAUUACUUAACAAAUUGGUCAGUUUUAAAUUAGACGAAACUAUAGAGAAACGAAGUCAAUUGAGGGGAUUAGGGAAUAAACUCACUUUGACAAAAGAAGAUUACUAUCAACAAUUAGAGAAAUUGAGUAAUGAUAUUUGUAAAUAUUGGUGUUUAAAAAGAGAACAAAAAAAUGGAGCAUCAUUAAUAAGGAAAAAUAAUAAUCUUAUAGAUAAUAUUGUUUAUGGAGGUAAUGAAUUGGUUGAUGAAAAGUUAAAGUUUUCUGAAAUCUUGAAAAAUGACUUGGUAAAAUUAAUUAAUAUCAGUGAAAUGAACUUCCAAAGGCAAUUGUUAAUGAAGGAAAAACUACAAAAUGAUCUAGGAUUGAUUGAUUUUGAAACUUUCCCCUUGAAGAAGUUUAUUGAUCAUAUCUUAAAUAACAUCAUUCUCAUAGAUAACAAAAAGCUAUUAAGACAUAUGAGAACCUUCAACCUUCAAGACAUUAUUAAUAAAAAUAAAGAAUUCAAAUAUGAUAGUUUGAGAGAGUUGGUAGAGGAUAUUGAGAAACUUGAUUCAAAUAUCCAAAGCAACGCUCUCAAGAAAACCUCCAAGAAGAUCCUCGAGUAUAUGAAAAAUUUUAAGAACAGGAAAUUUCAAGUGAGCCAUCUAAAUGGAGAUCAUAUGGAUGAAAGCGAGUUAAGUGAAUUGGAAAAUCUCGAUAAAGUUCAAGAGGUCAAAUUAAGUAAAUUCUUACAUAAUAAGUAA